UUGCUUCCUUGAUGAGCGGCACGGUCGUUGUGACUUUUUGAGAUUUCGAGAUGUUUCUGCUGAACGUUUCUAAACACAGAUAGAAAAAUACAGUGCAUCACGGAUUAUCACCUUUGAUUUCUUCAGCUUCAAUUUGCAGAUGUGCAUCCACUGCACAGAUCCCGCCUUAGAUGAAGGCAGGGGCGGAACCUACCCCCGGAGGCGGGAUGAGGACUGACAUGGUGGUGGGGAGGAUAGAGGGUGGAUGCUUACUUCGAUGUCUGCGAAUGAGAUGGGGUGAACACAAAGGAAAAACCGAGAAGAAAAGGAAGAGACCGCCGCGCUUCUCUAGAUCGAAAGAACGCUUUUCCCCGUGACUUCAGGAAGAGAGUCCGAGACCAGCAUUAGCAGCCAGCUACCGUGAGUUAAAGCUUCUGCCUGGCUGCCACAUCCAGCAAUGAGUCGAAGGGAGGCUCUGGUGGGGAACCCUCCGUCCAGCGCGGCGCCUGAGGUUCCGGGCAACAGCACAGAGGCAUCAGGGCCCGGUCCACAUGAGACCAAAGAUGAGAUGUUCUCCAAAGUCAAAGACAAGUUCAUGAAUGAACUGCACAAAAUUCCACUGCCAUCAUGGGCCAUCGUCGCCAUUGCGUUCGUUGCUAUUGUACUAGUUUUUUCCUGCUGCUUCUGCGUCUGCAAAAAGUGGAUCUUGAAGAAGAAGAACAAGAAAAAGGGAAAAGACAAAGGCAAGAACGCCAUCAACAUGCAGGACGUCAAAGACGGUAUCAAAACCGAGGCCUUUAAGGAUGAGGAUGAUGCGGAAACAGGGCUGACGGAUACGGAAAAAGACGAGGAGCCAAAGGAGCAAGAGAAACUCGGCAAAUUACAGUACUCCAUGGAUUACAAUUUCACAGAGAAUACGCUCAUAGUGGGGAUCAUCCAAGCAGCAGAGCUACCUGCCAUGGAUAUGGGUGGCACUUCUGACCCGUACGUGAAGGUCUACCUUCUUCCAGACAAGAAGAAGAAGUAUGAGACUAAGGUGCACCGGAAGACACUGAACCCCGUUUUCAAUGAGCAGUUUACCUUUAAGGUUCCAUACACUGAGCUGGGAGGCAAAACUCUGAUGAUGACGGUAUAUGACUUUGAUCGCUUCUCCAAGCAUGAUGCUAUCGGAGACGUGAAGGUGCCCAUGAAUAAGGUGGAUUUCAGUCAUGUGACCGAGGAAUGGAGGGACCUGCAAAGCGCUGAGAAAGAGGAGCAAGAGAAGCUAGGUGACAUCUGUUUCUCUCUGCGGUACGUGCCCACUGCUGGCAAACUGACUGUGGUCAUCCUGGAGGCCAAAAACCUGAAGAAGAUGGACGUUGGUGGCCUGUCAGAUCCCUACGUGAAGAUCCACCUGAUGCAGAACGGCAAGCGUCUGAAGAAGAAGAAAACGACAAUCAAAAAGAACACCCUCAACCCUUACUACAACGAGUCUUUUAGUUUCGAAGUGCCAUUCGAACAAAUCCAGAAAGUACAAGUUGUUGUAACUGUUCUGGACUAUGACAAGAUUGGCAAGAACGAUGCCAUCGGCAAAGUGUUUGUGGGCUUGAACAGCACAGGCACCGAGAUCCGUCACUGGUCAGACAUGCUGGCCAAUCCAAGGAGACCCAUCGCUCAGUGGCACGUGCUCAAGCCAGAAGAAGAAGUGGAGGCCCAGCUGGCUGCUCAGAAAAAAUAGAGCAGCCAAAAACCCCCAAAUCUAUCCGUGUAGUGCUCUUUACCCAGUGCGUGUAAAUACCUCAGUGAUAUAAAGAUUCAUGCACCCUCAUUUUUUAUUUAUUGUCUUACAAAACUGCCAUUUUCUGUAUUUGGACAAGCCAUCUCCUCGAGAUGUUGUGUUGUCACGUCAGUUUCCAAUCCUUAACGUCGAAAAAACUUUUCCCUCUCCUUUAUCGUUUCACCGCCAUCCAUGACCUUAAAAUCCCCAACCAAAUGCCCAAUUCUUUUAAGCAAUAUGAUCUGUAUAGAUAGCGCAUGACUGGAGGAAUUUAUUGUACCACAGGUGUAUAUAUCAGUAUGCAGACAAAAAAGAUUUCUAGUUUAUGUGUUUGUAUGUUGUUACCCGUUUCCUAAUAUGUGUAUAUCUCAAUGUUUUUAAUAAGAUGUUCUAUUUUAAAUUAUGUAAAUGCAGACAUAGAAGAGCCAAUAUUAUAUAUAACGGGAUUUAAGAAUUUUAACUUAUUGCAUUCCACUAAAAUAUGCGAUCUAUAUCUAUAUAUAUACAUAUUUACGAGUUAAAGAAUUCCAUCUGCAAGAUGCUAGUGGAGGUAAACUCACUUCGUAAAGGACGAUUUUGCGCUUCAUGUUUACUUAAAAAAAGAAAUACAGAUAUACACAUGACACACACACAACACAAAGGCCAUUAACUAAUAUGGUUUCAUGAAAUAAAUAUAAUAUGCUGCUGGAAAUUAUACAAGCACAUGAUUUCGUAACAACGUUUUUGUACUCAUUUCUCAAACUGAGGACCUGUGCGCUUCGCUUCUUACACUACUAUAUUUACAGGAAGUGUUACUUGACGAAAACCAAUCGGCCUUUUCUUUUUUAAUUUCUCAUGCCAACAGACCUUCAAAUUGUGAUGCUGUUAACUUUGAGUAAAACGGGUCCCCAGUUUGCUUCUUUUUUUAUUGUUUUUUGAUUUCUGAAACCCUUUUAUCUUCCCGAAUCCAAUUUGUCUCCUUUACAAAACUGGAAACCGACAAUUUAUGGGUACAGUCAAAAGCUGUAGCCAUUGUGUCCUUGAAGCUUGAUUAACAAUGUGUUUGUGAACAUUUCCUUUGAAUAGUCUUGUUCUGUUGAGGAUUUACGCUUCAGCCUCCAAAAAUCGAAAGCAGGAGUUUUGACUCUAGUUAUAGGACUACUACUUUUUAGAUUAAGUCAAGUCGCCUGAAUAUUUUUGGUAACUGCAUGAUUUUUUUUACGAUCUUUGCUAAAGGCUGGGUAACGGGGGGGGGAGUUCUAUUUACACCGGGGCGUCUAUUUCAAAAGACUCCCUUGCCUUCAAUCAAAAGGUAAUCAACCUUUGAGGGACCGGCACAUUUGAAGUGGUCAGUCCAGUUGAGUCAACGUAUUAUACGACGUUGGCGGAGGAGAGGCGAGCUUUUAAACACUGCCAUUCUUUUCAGGGAGGUACCAAGUGUACGUGACCCCUCCCUCCAUGCACACUACACUUAGAAUAGUGGUUGUAGCUUUGGUUCAUUGAGGAACAAUGUAUUUUGGCCACAAUGGUGCCCUAAACAGCAGUCUUGCUUUUUGUUGCCUUCUGACAGUGACAAUAGAGUUAGCCAUGCUUAACUGCCAAUCCUUUCCCCCUGUGGCUACUGUUUUGCACUGUACCAUCUAUAAAACGACAGUUGCUUCAAGGCAACAAUGUUAGUUUCAUGUUGGACAUCAGGUUGGAAAAUGAGCUCCAACUUGCGUCCAAGAGCUCAGCUUGCACAGUCUAUUCAAUCAAAACCACACGAAAGCAACAAAGGGCAAGUUUAACACCACAAGCAUUAGCCAAUUUUUAACAAUAACCGUAGAAGUUAAUGGUCUGCACAGGUGAUUACGUUAUAUUCUAAUGUCCUUUACUACGGGUCUAACAAGAGGGUGAAUAAGAGUUUAAUCCAUUAAAACCAUGAGUUAUCUCGGAGGAACCUCUUGUGUACACUAGAUGCUAGCUUCAGACGGAGUUGCUAAUUGUUUUCAAUGUUACUAUGUAGGUGAUAGCACUGUUCCUUAAAACUAAAAAGAAGAAAAAAAGCUAUUUGUCUUUCCAUAGGAGUCUUUAGAGACUGCUUUGUGUAUCACUGUGACUGCGGUGUGUGCGUAGCGUUGUAGUUCUCAGUAAGUAGCGACCACCUUGUACUAUAGUGAUGUUGUGCUACCAUUCCUCUAUUGCAUAAACGGAGUGCAAAUGAAUUAAAGAAAGCACAUCAGUCAAGCAUCGUCAGUUUCUAAUAACCGCGGGCCGGCGCGACGACAAGACGAUUCCAAGCGCAAGGGUCGAUUCACACAGCAUUAUGUUGAGCACUGUGCAAUAUGUGUAUGUUCAUACCCUAGUGUUCAAAUGGGGGGACAAAAAUCACAAAAAAAUAAAACCCUAUACAGUGAAACGUAUUCCAUAGACCAUAGUCUAGUUAGGUCGCAACACAUUGUGUGUAGUGUGGAGCUCAAGGUGUGUAAACCCGUUCGGGAUUCCUCCAUUUCUUUUCCCCGUUUUUUCCUGCACACAGAUCCGACCAUCCAAAUAUUCGGGUAAAAGUUUAGGAUGUAAUCUAAACAUGAGAAUUUCUAUAUAUAAAUAAAGAUAUACAUGUAUUAAAAUCCAUACCCAUCCAAAAUAGGUGUAUAUAUUUUUAUAUUUGUCCUGAUAUAAUUUCUUCAUCACCAUGGAUAUAAGAGAACUGUAUCUUGUUAUUGAAACUUAUAUGUUGUACUAUUAAUGAUUGGCUGUACCAUUUUGUUACCGCUGUUAUAAUAACACUCAUGACUAUUAUCUGGUUAUUGUUCCUUUAGUGCCCUAUUGAACACCAUUUUAUAUUUAUUAUGGAAAUCAGAAUGUACAGUAUGGACUGUGUGUUUUGUUUUUACUUCUUCUUGUGGGACCAAGUAUGGUUGGCACUUUCAUUUCAAUGUUGCAAUAAAUAUUGAUUCAUGUGUUUCAUUCAUAGCUGAAUAUGAUUUCUUACCUUGUCGGAGAGAUUUAACCUGGAGGAGGACUCCAGACAUCUUUAACGUAUACUCGCAACUAUAGGUACAAAUUAUUACUCUACUGAAGCAACUCCUAUGUUACCUUAUCUACUCUCAUUUAUCUACAAUAUCUUAAUAAAUAUACAAAGCUUGUUUAAAAAACAAGGUUAAAAUGACGUUUUCCAGAAUUAUUACAGUAAUCUAUUUAUUUCUUAGCAAAAGGGUGAUUGUAGUAUCAGGUGUGUCUACCCGUCAAUAAAACAUCCAGAACUGGACAUAUAGAACAGUGAAAGAAAGCAUUGCUUAUUGCACUUCAGAGGUUUGUAAAGUAGUAUGAAAAGCCAUUUCUAGCCCUGCAAGGCAAUGCUAUCUUUUUCUCGAGCUUACUAAAGCACGCCAAAAGCUCUGACAACUGCACCCAAUAAGCGCCAACUACGAAAAAUCCCAAACAAUAUUCCGAUCCCCAACGAUGACAAAUAGCCACAUGUAACCUUUCAAGAAAAAGCUGUGUAAAGAAUUAGAAUCUGAUGCUGUAGGGAAAUCCUAGUUGCCUUUGUGUAUAUCAACUGCCUGCUUGAGUAUUUUUGUGUGUGGAAAUUUUCUCUGUAAUCUUGUAGAACUGUUCGGGGUGUUUUUCCUGCCAUACUGCUGGCCCAAGCGGCCAGCUGACAGUUAUAUUGCUGUGUAUACCUUCAUUUUUGAUGAGGUGUUUUACAAUUUCGUUUCACUUUGUGUAGUGAUUCACUCUGUGGAGUUUCUGACUGUUGUUAUAUAACUUCAUAUACACAAAUGUUCAAUAAAAAUGUUUUAUUUCCUGUUGAUAGAGAAAUUUCUCAAGAGCUUUCUUGUUUUUGAAGGGUCAUCAUUCCACUGGAAAUUGCGUCUGAUUGAAUGACAUCCAAAGAUUGCCAUGUCCUUUACAAAAAUGGAUCUGGAUAUGAAGAAAAAUACAAAAUUACCAGGAGAACUGACUCAAACAUGCACUAACCAAGGGGGCUGGGAUUUGUGUCGAGGGUAGGGUUGCACCAGCCAUUUGUAAGUCUUUCUUUUAUCCUUUAUAAAAUCAGAACGUAAAGUCCACACUAGAUACUUAACUACUAGCUAGUUUGUAACUAACUCUGUAAGUUAUUGGGUUGCACCAUUUGGUCUCAAGGCUGAACGUAAGCAGUAGUUCGCAAGCUCUGCGUAAAGUAAUGCGUAGUCGCAUAAAAUAAGGUUUACCUUCAAUAGUAGCCUUUACAUUUGUGAUGACAAAUUGUGUUGAAAUGUUGUGAAAUUCAAACGUUUUUGAUUUAAACUUAUUUUAUAUAACAUAAUAACUGUAAAAUAAGUUUUUAUCAAACAGAAUACUACCUAAUUAUGAAUAAAAUGAAAGGUUAACCCUAACCCUUAAAAUCAAACCAGUUUAAGAACAAUACAGCAUAAUAAAUCCUGCUAAAUUACAUGUUGUACAUGAUUUCAUUUUACUGCCAACCGCCAAUGAAAAAAAUAGAUGAUUUUAUUUUGACACAACACAGGCAGAUGGAUGCACACAGGAAUGCGCGCUAGUUCAGUGAGUGUGCUGUUUUAUUCCUGCAGUUUCUCCUGAGAGGAGUAAAUAUUUAGUUUAUACGUGACACUUACGCUUCAACUAACUUGAAUGGUGCAACUCACAAAUAUUUUCUAGUGCGUAAGUUGUAACUUAGUGCCCAUUUAUGUAAAGACUAGGCUAAGUGGUAACUUACGCACGAAUGGUACAACUGGCCUCAGAUGUUAACCUGCAUGUGAGUGGUUGUAGAGACCAGAGAAGCCUGGUUUAAGCCCCAGCUGAGGAGUAUAAGGUAUGAGGAGCCUGCCAGACACCAAGGAGGUGGAAAAGCAGCACCAGUAAGAGGUUGGAGCAGGAACCUGCCUGACAAGAUGAGGUAAGUGGUUGAAGCUCUGAGGGUGGGGUUGUAUGUAGCUUGGCUUGUUUGAAUGUUCUGACAUUUCUUAUAUGUUGCUGAGGUAUGAUGAAAAAGACACAAGAGAACUGACCUUGGUGUGCAUUCCUCAGUGGAUAAAGAGCACAAAGAGGAGGAGCCUGACACCAGGAGGAGAGCCUGACACCAGGGAGAAGAGAUGUAUAUGGAGGACAACAAGGUGUUGAGUGCAGGUGAGAACUGUGGAGGAGGAAUGUGUAAAUACACCAAAGCUGAGGACUUCACAACAGGACCACGUGAAGCCACCGCUCAAUGCGCUCGCGACGGCCGUUCCAGGUUUCUGCUGCAGAGAGUGAGAGAAAAGCGUGCAGAAAACACAGAAGCAUUACUUAAAUGCUACAACAAAGAGGUUUGAAGAAAAGACACAAUUACCAGGAGAACUGACUUUGGUUUCCAUUCAUCAGCGGAUAAAGAGCACAAAGAGGAGGAGCCUAACACCAGGGAGGAGGAGCCUAACACCAUGGAGGAGGAGCCUGACACCAGGGAGAGGAGAGGUUUGAAGAAAAGACACAAUUACCAGGAGAACUGACUUUGGUGUGCAUUCAUCAGCGGAUAAAGAGCACAAAGAGGAGGGGCCUAACACCAGGGAGGAGGAGCCUAACACCAGGGAGGAGUUGCCUGACACCAUGGAGAGGAGAGGUAUGAAGAAAAAGACACAAUUACCAGGAGAACUGACCUUGCUGUGUAUUCAUCAGUGGAUAAAGAGCACAAAGAGGAGGAGCCUAACACCAGGGAGGAGGAGUUAGUGGAGUCAAUCGGUGCGUUCGACGUUAUGCAUGCAAAAACCGAUAAGCGGAUGACAUCACUUUACCAGGAGAGAGAUUGUAGAGUCAAAUGCAUACAGCAACCUGGCUUUGAACCCUGGACCUUCUGACUCACCAUCACUGUUCAUACCCACUGAGCCACCAGGUCCUGAAAAAUGCACAAGCAGGCGUCUAACCUGGUCUUGAACCCUGAACCAUCUGCUCCUCUUGUCAGUGCUCAUAUAACUUGGCCACAGGAUCCUACACAUUUGGAGUAAUUCUCUUGGCGUCUUCAUCAUUUGCUGCAUUGAAAAAUGCAGAAGCAUGCCAACCUUAAGAACCCGGUGUUGACCAUAGACCUCUGAUGAUCUAUGUCAUUUGAACCACUAGUUCCCAUACACAGGUGUCAUGUCUCCUGGCACUUUUUUUGCACACCCCUUUGAUCGAAUAAGAAAUUUAAUAUAAUAAACAAAUUCUGUCAAGCUGGACUUGAACCCUGGACCUGGUGGUUGCAUGUCAGUGCACUUACCAGCGAGCCACUAAGUCCAGCAAGCAUGUGGAGGUUCUCCUGACGUAUAAAGUAGGUCAACCUUAAUAAACAACGUCAUUGUUGAAGUGACUGUGGACCAUUUCAAUACAGAUGUAUCCAUUAAACGGCCUUUUGUGA